UAAGAUAAUAACGGGGAACCAUUAUGAUUUGGAGGCAAGAAUUAUAAACAUUUUGCAGCCACUGCCACAAAUAUAGCAAAGACGAUGCGGCUUGAUUUUGUUACCAAUUCAACAAUAAGCCACAUCCGAUCAAUCAAUAGCAAGAACUCUCAUUUCAAUAUAUUCGCAUGCCACAACUUGAACAUGAGCAACAUUCGGAUCAGCGCCCCAGGAGAUAGCCCAAACACCGAUGGCAUAAAAAUCGGGAGCUCGACCAAAAUCAAGAUCCUAGACUCUAUCAUAAGUACCGGUGAUGACUGCAUAUCGAUUAUUUCUGGCAGUCACGAUAUAGAAGUCACAGGAGUCCAUUGUGGGCCAGGACAUGGGUUUAGCAUCGGUAGCUUAGGUGGGUCACACUUCAAAGAAUUUGUAACCGGUAUAGUCAUACGAAACUCGACAUUACACGGGACUCAAAACGGUUUAAGGAUCAAAACAUGGGCACCAUCUAUGCCUAGCCUUGCUUCGGAUAUUAUAUUCGAUGACAUCAUCAUGGUAGAUGUGAGUAACCCGAUUUUUAUCGACCAACAAUAUUGCCCGCGAUCUCCUUGCAACCUAAAGGCACAAUCCAAAGUUCAAAUAAAGAAUGUAACAUUUAGAAAAGUGCGUGGCACAUCAAGGUCUAAGGUUGCAGUUAAGAUCCAAUGUAGCAAAUGUGUGCCAUGUAAAGGUAUUAACCUCGUGAACAUUAACUUGGCGUAUCGUGGUCCAGAGGGACAGGUGGAGUCAUCGUGCUUCAAUGUUCAAGGAAAGUCGUAUGGCCUGCAAAUUCCAUCGGGUUGUCUAUAGAACAAGAAGUUUUACUUGUUGGUACAACCUAAGAAGGUUUUCAAAGUUCUUUCGAGUUGUUCAUGUAAAUAGAAGUUUGUAAAACUAUGUAAUGGGGCUCUAUAAAUCUCUAAGCUAGAGAGAAAGAAAAUUGACAAUAGCAA